AAAAUACGGCAAUCUAGCUGCGAAGGGCUUAAAUUGUGUGUGCACGCCUUCCAGUAAAGUCGCAGAAGUUCUCAGCCAAAGCCGGUUCGGUUUCUACUUGAACAAACUUACCUCAAGCAACAUGACCACCUACUUCAACUACCCACCCAAGGAUGUGCAGGAGGAGCUGGCCCGCAUCGCCAAGCAGAUUGUUGCUCCCGGUAAGGGUAUUUUGGCUGCCGAUGAGUCCACGGCCACCUGUGGCAAGCGUUUCGCUGACAUCGGGGUUGAGAACAACGAGGACAACCGUCGCGCCUACCGUCAGCUGCUGUUCACCGCCGACCAGCGUCUGCAGGAGCACAUCUCCGGUGUGAUCUUGUUCCACGAGACGCUGUACCAGAAGGGCGAGGAUGGUACCCCGCUGCCGAAGCUGCUGGCCAACAAGGGCAUUCUGUCCGGUAUCAAGGUCGACAAGGGUGUCGUCGAUCUGAUGGGCUCGGAAGGCGAAUGCACCACUCAGGGUCUGGACGAUCUCGGCGCUCGUUGUGCCCAGUACAAGAAGGAUGGUUGCGACUUCGCCAAGUGGCGUUGCGUGCUGAAGAUCGGCAAGAACACCCCGAGCUACCAGUCCAUCUUGGAAAACGCCAACGUGCUGGCCCGUUACGCUUCCAUCUGCCAGUCGCAGCGUAUCGUCCCGAUCGUUGAGCCUGAGAUCCUCCCCGAUGGUGAUCACGAUCUGGAGCGUUGCCAGAAGGUCACGGAGACGGUGCUGGCGGCCGUGUACAAGGCGCUGAACGAUCACCACGUGUACCUGGAGGGAACGCUGCUGAAGCCGAACAUGGUGACCGCCGGUCAGAGCUGCGCCAAGAAGCCGUCCGCACAGGAGAUCGCAGUGGCCACCGUCACGGCUCUGCGCCGUACCGUACCGCCGGCAGUGCCCGGUGUCACCUUCCUGUCCGGUGGCCAGUCGGAGGAGGAAGCCUCCGUUAACCUGAGCGUCAUCAACCAGGUGCCGCUGACGAGACCGUGGGCCCUGACUUUCUCGUACGGUCGUGCCCUGCAGGCCUCCGUCCUGCGUGCCUGGGGUGGCAAGAAGGAGAACGUGAAGGCCGCUCAGGAAGAGCUGAUCAAGCGUGCGAAGGCCAACAGCGAUGCCGCUCUCGGCAAGUACGGCGGCGGUGUCACUGGUGCCGCCGGUUCCGGCAGUCUGUUCGUCGCCAACCACGCUUACUAAGGCGCGGGCCGGCCUCUUUGCAUCCACAUAAACUUGCAUCACCCACCCCCGAGUGCUCCGUUUGUCCCUCAUCGUACGCCCUCGUCCCCACCACCACCACCCUGCAACACUCUCGCGGCCAUAUCGGGAGCGGCGGAUGUAAAGCAGCAACACCACCGGACAGCGAAAGUGAUUUCGCGCACCGUCGUUCCGCUUUCGAUUCGCCCCCCUUUGAGGCCAGGACGGAGGCCACCGAAUGGUUUCAUGUGUGUGGGUGUGUGUGUGUGGGUGUGGUAUCCCCCGCCGACGUUCCGGCACGUUCCUGAUUUCCUUCCGUUCUCAUUUUGGUUGCGUUAAGAACUCUGAACCCUAGACACUGUAUCCCAGCUUCGCUAGAUUCCCGUGCUAAAGUUGUUGCAACCAAUCAAAAACCAAACAAAAGCAUAAUACACAUAUAUUACGUACACCCGCACCACAUAGUGGGUGAUAAUUCAUCGAAGGUUUAGAGCGUAGCGUGAAGCCAUAGGAGACCUAUAGCCUUCCUAGCGAUGUGUAGAGCACCCAUGCACAGGAGAUGCACCGUUUGGGGCCCGUCGGUUCCGCCGUUCCGCGGUUUCCGGGGCUUUCGGGUGGCGCUUUCUACCAACUUCACCGUCGGUUAGUAAGCUGUGGCAUUUGGACUGCUGUCCGGAUGGUAGCGGAAGCCCGCCGGGCACCGAUACGCGGUUCUCCGGUGCUUGGUCAAACCAAUCGUCAAACGAAACACACGCAAACUACAACUCUGUCUGUUGCUGUGUGUUAUUUGUUCUGUAUAAGUUAUAGAGCCCUAGUUUAAAUGAUACUGGAUCGUUAAGAGAACGGAAGUGGCACGUUACGGUGUUACCGUUAAUUGCAUCAUCUGACUGCAGAGAUCAGACGCAACACAACUAAAACCUAUACCGCCGCAAGUACCAGUCGAUGGUGAACUGUGUGGGCAAAUUAAGCGUAUCGUGUAAUGUUACAAUAAAAUGUAAUUCGAAAAUAGUGGAAAAAAAA